AGAACUACGGCCACCACAAGCAGAGAGCCGAGGCAGACGCAAUUCUAGUGGCCAGAAGGAAGUAGUUGAAGCGAGGAGGAGCCAGUCUCCGCCAUGGUUCACGUAGUCAUCGUCUCCUUCCCCGCCCCCGGCCACAUAAACCCGACGCUGCAGUUCGCCAAGGUGCUGUUGCAGCGGGGCAUCCAGAUCACCUUCGGCACCACCGUCCAAGCCCAGGCCUACAUCGCCUCCUCCACCACGACCGAUGGCAUCUCCUUCGCCACCGUCUCCGACGGCUUCGACUCCGAGGCCGACGUCAACAACUCGGAGCCCCACUACCCCCGCCGCUACGAGCGCUACGGCUCCGCCUCCCUCGCCGAGCUCAUCCGGUCCCUGACGGCCUCCGGUCACCCCGUCGAUUGCGUCGCCUUCAACUUCCUCCUGCCCUGGGCCGCCCGCGUGGCCCACGAGCAUGGUAUCCCCUCUGCCCUCAUCUGGCCGCAGCCCGUCUCCGUCCUCGCCCUCUACUACCACUACCUCUUCACCUGCCCGGAGAGCUUCGCCGAUCUCUCGAAGGAAAUUCAGCUGCCGUGCCUUCCUCCCCUCGUCACGGAGGACCUCCCUUCCUUCUUCCUCCCCGGAAACACCCACCCCCACGCCAUCCCCAUGCUCCGGGAGAUGUUCGACAACAUCCACGAGAACAAGUGCGGCUGGGCCUUCACCAACUCCUUCGACGCCUUGGAGGAGGACGUAAUCGCCUCCCUCCGGGAGCACAAGAUCAACGCCACCGGAAUCGGGCCCCUCAUCCCCUCCCUCACCCCGAAGACCAUCAAGCAGGCGGUCAAGGAGGCUGGCAAGAAGGAGGAGAUCGCAUGCAACGGUGCCCACGAGAAGCCGGCCAUCUCCAAUGAUCAAAACGCAGCGAGCGAGGAGAAGAAGCCGGAGCCAAGCGAGCAGGACAACAAACCAAAGAAAAGCGAGUUGGUCGAGUGGCUCGACGCGAAGCCCGCGGGCUCCGUCGUCUACGUGUCCUUCGGCAGCAUCGCCGACGUGAAGUCGCUGCAGAUCGACGAGCUGGCGGCGGGGCUGAUGGGGAUCGACCAUCCGUUCGUGUGGGUCAUCCGGCCUCCGGCCGACUACCCCGGAUUCCCGGCCGGGUUCGAGGAUGUGGUGGAGAAGAGGGGGAUGGUGGUGAGGUGGUGCGCGCAGGUGGAGGUUCUGAACCACCCGGCGGUUGGCGGGUUCGUGACGCACUCCGGGUGGAACUCGACGCUGGAAGGGCUGGUGAGCGGGAAGCCGAUGGUGUGCGUGCCGCAGUGGAGCGACCAGGCCACGAACGCCAAGAUCGUGUCGCACAAGUGGAAGACGGGGCUCCGAGGGAGGAAGAACGACAAGGGCGUGAUCGAGAGGGAAGAGUUCAAGAGGUGCGUCGGACUGCUCAUGGGCGAGGAGAGCGGGAAGGAGAUGAGGGAGAACGCUGCCAAGUACAAGGAGCUCGCCAAGCUCGCCAUUCAGGAAGGCGGAUCUUCCGACCUCAACAUCAAGGCCUUCAUCGAAGCCCUGCAACCACAACCGGCAGUAGCAGCAGCGCCACCACCACCACCGGUAGAGGAGCACAAGGAAAGGACCAUGGAGGUGAAACCAUUAGAGACUUCAGACAUCCCUGUGCCUGCAUCGGCUUAGAGCGGCUGCCAAGUUUCAUGCUUUGCGUAUGGCUACGAUUCAGAGCAAGCGGCACAUCUUUCUGCAAUGGAAACCAAAAAACCACACCUUCUCCGAUAUAUCAGAUAAUUUAGCUUCCGGUAAUUAGCCUUGAGCAUCGUACUCUGGUUUUCUCUCGCUUUUGCAUAAGUGGCCUUCUGGCGGUAACAUAGAGCGUGCGCUCCUGCGUGGAAAAAUGGCUUUUUGAUUCAGUUUGUUCUGUAAUAAUUUGACAUCAAGCCCGACGAUUUGAUGGCAGUGUAGAUUAGCAUCUAUAAUUGUGUGAUAAGCUUUCAAUUCA